AAAUGAUCUAUCUUCCAGUGUUUCCUUCAGUGGGUGGAGACUUGCAAACAUGAAGUUCAAGCGUUGGGCUAGAAAAAUGUCUGCUUUGCACGAACCCAUAUGGAGAAAAGCUGGGAUCUUUGAAGCAGUUAAUGCAUCCACAUACAAGAUCCACAAAAACACAGAUCUCGUUCUUGGUGUUGCUGAGAAAUGGUCUCCCGACACCAAAACCUUCGUUUUCUCUUGGGGUGAAGCUACAAUAACACUUGAAGACGUUAUGCUCAGGAAAGAAGAUUAUGGAGAGGCUAAAGAACGCAUGGCAGACGAUUAA